AUGCCUUUCGGUUUGAAGAAUGCGCCCCAGAUUUAUCAACGUAUGGUCAACAACGCGCUAUAUGGAUUCACCAGGAUCCCGAAGUCUGAAGCCCAUGGAAGUGCUCUAGAUCUGUUUGAGAAUGUGGAACCGGUGGAUCCAGGCAAGCAAUCCGUGCUUGGUCGCAGAUCAUAUAUCGAUGACAUCCUGAUCCCGCCAACGACUGGGAUCAACUAUGUGAUCGAGUCGAAGGUUUACUCGAAGCGUGUGAUGAGUGGAAUCUGUCGAUCAAGUUUCUGGGGAAUGCCUAAGGUGGAAUAUCUCGGGGAUAGGGUCUCGCACAAUGGGCCGGAGGCGAAUCCGAAGGAUCUGUCUGCGUUGACUGAUCUAGCAUUUCCAGGAUCACUCAGAGCUAUGCAAUCGUUUUUGGGGAGUCUGAACUAUUAUAGCCGAUUUAUCGAAGACUACGUGAUCUACGCGUCGGUUAAUUGCGAUCGAAUUGCGGGAUAUUGCCUUUGUUGCAAUGAUAAAGGAGGCUACCCAAGCGCGGAUCCAACAAGUACUGAAAUGGAGAACGUGGAUCAAGGAACGCAGGAAGAUUAG